AUGACCCCCAUCCCCAUCCCCUCCUCCCCCAGUCCCUCCUUCUCCAUCCACCCCUGCACUCCCGCCGACCUUCCUUCCAUGCUCACCAUCUACGACCUCGCCUUCGCAAGCGACCCCUUCCGUCUCGCCCGCUGGCCCUCAUCCCAAGUUCCUCCCUCUGUAUUCACCUCCUGGCUCACCAAAGUCUUCACCAAGUAUCUGCACACACCUCAUACACACACCUGGAAACUUGUGGAAAAUUCCACAGGGAACAUGGCGGGCUGGACGCAUUGGGCUGAACCGCAUGUGGUGAGCAGAGAAGAAGAAGAGCGGGAGAAAAUAGAAGAGGAAAGGGAAGAGAAGGAGAGGAGGGAAAGAGGAGAGGGAAAGUUCCCGGAAGGUUCGGUGCUGGAGAUUUGUGAGGCGAAGGUACGGGGCUGGGAUGGACUGAGGGAGAAGUGGUACAAGAGGGAGGAGAUGUUUUUAAUCUACUUCCUCUCCAUCUCUCCCCGCUACCAAAAACUCGGUCUCGGCACCCUCCUCCUCACCGCAAUCACAAAUCUCGCAGAUGCCCAAGGGAAAAGUAGUUAUUUGGAAGCGACAGCCGCAGGAUAUCCGGUGUAUGUGCGCGCAGGGUUUAGAGAGGUAGAUUGUAUGGAGGUAGAUUUUGGGGGGUGUGGGGUGGGUAGGAAUUGGGCGAUGAUCAGAGGGGGAGGGGAGGAGUAG